AAUUCUCUCAAAUUUGAUUAAACGAUAUCUUAAGCUUUCUGCAUUACUUUUGGAAAUGAAUGUUGAUUAUGGCCACCAACCUCAGCAGCCCAGGUGGUCCGGUGGCCUUUGUAGCUGCGGAGAAGAUGUUGUUACAUGUUGCAUAGCAUGUUUUCUACCAUGCAUCACCUUCGGCCAAAUUGCUGAAACUGUGGAUGAAGGACAAAGCUCUUGCGUAAACCAAGCCAUAGUGUACGGGUUGUUGUGGACGAUUCAGUGCCAUUGGUUCUACUCGUGCAUAUACAGAGAGAAAUUACGCCAAAAAUAUGGUUUGCCUGAGGAGCCUUGUUGUGAUUGUUGUGUUCAUUUCUGCUGCGAAUCAUGUGCUCUUUGCCAAGAACAUGCUGAGCUCAAAUAUAGAGGAUUCGAUCCCGCCGCAGGUUGGGUUGGGCCACCAACCGUUGCUCCACAGGUGCCUCCUUCCAUGUUCAAAUGAUCUCCAAGCUUGGCAGAGGAUGGUCCAAUGGUUUGUGUGUCCAUGAGUCAUGCAUGUUGACAAAUUGUGUGCACUCUUAAUCUAAGUAUGUCAUGUAUUAAAAUAAUAUAAUAUUUGGGUGUAACGCGUUUUCUUGUUCAAAUAAAAUGUGAUGAAUAUAUUUAUAAUAAAGGAGUGGGAGAAUAAAUUGAUUAUGAA